AUGGCUUUGAUCAUAGUCUCAAGUCCAGUUGCCGAGUGGCGUGAGAUGAGAACAUUUUGGUAUCGGCGAUACCUCCCUGCUCUGUUCAACCCGUCCUCCAAGGAUGCGUUAUCACCCGUCUAUAUACCACAAAGUACUUUACUGCUUUUCGUUUGGAGUUGGAACUCGUCCAGCGCACACUUAUCAAUUUCUCGAUUUGGAAUUCUAGUUUGGCGUUUUCCCAAAAGAUCAUCAGAUGCUCGCGGGGUCCGGUUCCUUGAACACGACAGUUACGCCUACCCAUCAGUAUCCAAUUCAAUAUCCAACAAACCCCAGAUCCCUCCCUCCCAAAAUACCCACCCAGUUGUCACCCUCAAGAUCCUGAUUCUUGUUGGGUAAGAGACUAGGAGUAAAUAACAGCGGUGGGAUUUGGUGGAGGGUCCCCUCCGAUGACCUAUCAAGUACAUCACCCCCAUUACUAGUACCACUGGAUGAAAUUCUAGGACGUUCCGUUGUGGCAUGUAUGAUUUCCAUCUUUGUCCCUCAUUAUCAGCAUCGUGCAGAAUCUUUUCUCAUCAAGGCGUCCAUCGCUAGCCGAGCUGAGCCAUCUGAGUCGCAUCCCAGCCCUUCAACAUGUCGUGUUUCGUGACACAGCCUACCGGUGGAUGACUCGAUUCGGAACGUUGUGUGUAGUAGCAAGUCAUGUAAAAGCACGAAAGCACCUCAAGAUCUCAUGGAAGAUUUUAUGGGAAGCUCGACAUCGAUAAGCUGGGAAGGGCGUUAUCGAUUGCUCGUGCUUCGUUCAUAGGUUGUUGCUACUUGGGGGCUCUCCGCAGCGGACCACGAAAGCGAGCGCUCGGUACUUGCUGUGGACCUGCUCCGGAGGUUGCCUCUUUCAAAUCGCAAUCUGUAUCUAUCUAUGCCGCAUGUGGGGGCCUGGGUAUCAAAGCAAGUUGGAAAAGUCAUCAACCAACAUUAUGUCCAAAGCGCGGGAAUUAUCCAGUACCAGUAUGUAAAUUUCAGCACCGUGAGACGCAAAUUCUGGAGCAGGAGAAUACUGAGGCCUCGAUGCAACAAGAUGGGUGUAUCGUUUGGUUUGUUGCUUGGAGACAAAGGACAGUCCACAAAACAGGCAGGAGGGUAUGGUAA